AUCAUGGCUGGUAUCUUGGGCGCUUUGCAUUGGUGGGACGAGUGGCAGCUGCGCGUCCUGGUCCUCGGCAGCCUUGGCGUCCAGUGGUUCCUCCUCUUCGCCGCCCCGAUGCGCAAGUACACCAUCCCGCGCUGGUUCAGAACCUUCAUCUGGCUGGCCUACAUCGGCAGCGACGCCCUGGCCAUCUACGCGCUCGCCACCCUCUUCAACCGCCACGCCAGCAGCAGCACCAGCAGCUGCGCCAAUGGCGGCUGGUCGAGGGCCCUGGAGGUGCUGUGGGCUCCCGUCCUCCUCAUCCACCUCGGCGGGCAGGAGGAGAUCACCGCCUACAACAUCGAGGACAACGAGCUGUGGACGCGCCACACCGUGACGCUCGUGUCGCAGGUCGCCGUCGCCGUCUACGCCUUCUGCAAGUCGUGGCCCAGCUCCGGCGACCGCAGGCUGCUGGCGUCGGCGAUCCUGCUCUUCGUCGUCGGGAUCCUGAGCUUCAGCGAGAAGCCGUGGGCGCUCAGGAGAGCCAGCAUCAACAGGCUGGCGGCCGUGUCGUCCAGGGUGCUCGGAAGAGGACGAAGAAGAAAGGUCACCAGGUGCCAGCUGAUCUUGAACGAGCUGGAGGAGCUGGUGAAACGAUGCUGGAGGAGGACGCCGAGCAGCAGCAAGCAAGAUCAGGUGCUGUCGGAUGGAGACAAGGUCCACAUGAUCCUCUCGGACAUGUCUCUCUUAGCUGCUUCCUCCCAUCUCACGAAUCGCAGUCGCAAAGCCGAUUCGAUGAGGUACAUCGAGGUUGAAGGCGACGCCGACGAGGCAGCUGCUGCUCCGACGGGCCUCGAGGUGUCGGCUUGUGCUCCGGGAGAUGGAGAUGCCGUCCACAAGGAGGACCAGGUGCUGCGGCCUCUGAGCCCGAGGGCGGAGAUGGGGCCGGAGCUCAAGCGCUGGCUGCGGCGUGCCUUCGGGCUCAUCUACACCAGGGUCAAUGUGGCCACCACCCCGACGUACCUGGCCUACCACAUGCUGCUGGUGCCGUCCCUGCACGUCGCCGCCAUCACGCUCUUCGCCACCAGCGACAAGCACGGGUACGACCGCCGGGACGUCAGGGUCACCUACACCAUCCUCGUCGUCACCGCCGCGCUCGACGUCCUCGCCGAGACCAUCCGCCAGCUGCUGUACAAGCUCAUGUCGGCGGCCGGCGUCCCGGCGCUGUGCGAGACGCUGCCCCAGUACAACGUCCUGACCUCGGCUCGCCGGAGGACACAGCCAGCCACAGGCUGGCUGCUCAAGUGCGCGGCGCGCCUGGGCUGGGAAGAGCACCUGCUGCUGGUGUGCAGGCGCGACGAGAGCCACCUGUACGGCAGUGUCGCGGGGUUUGUCAGGACGGGCCUGGUGGGUGCCAGUGCCACCACCGCCUCCGGCAAAGUUCAAGUUAAAGGCCUCGACCUCGGCAGCUACCGGAGCUUCACCGCCGGCAACUGGGCUCUGAGCGUGGAGCUGCAGGAGCGGUGCGGCCCCAUGGUUCGUAGCACCCUGCGCGAGUCCUUCGACGAGAGCGUCCUCAUAUGGCACAUCGCCACCGACCUGUGCUUCCGCCGCAACCCUCCGCCGGCCGCCGCCGACGCCGCCGGGAAGCUCGAGGAGUGCACGCGCGCCAUAUCCAACUACAUGGCCCACCUGCUCAACUUCCGGCCGGAUAUGCUGAUGACCGGCAGCCGGCGGCACCUGCUCACCGAAGCUUUGGAAGACCUCGAGUCCAUCCUCCUCCGCCCGGACCUCGACGACACGGCCCUGCUGGAGGCCAUCCAGAAGGCCGGCGAGUCGAAGCAGCACAAGUAUCUUCUCAUCCAAGACGCGUGCAAGCUCUCCGACGAGCUGAUGGAGGUGCGGCCGGAGGAGACGCGCUGGGAGCUCAUGUACCGCGCGUGGCUGGGCAUGCUCUGCUACUCCGCCAGCAUGUGCAGGGGGUACCUGCACGCCAAGAGCCUGGGCGAGGGCGGCGAGUUCCUCUCCUUCGUCUGGCUCGUCCUCUCGCUCAAGGGGGCGCCGGCCAAGACAUUGGCGGACAAGCUUCAGAUGCCGGAGCCGGACGCUCAGGAAUCCGCAGCUGGAGAGGAGACAGCGACCGCGACCACGAUGCCGUCGACCGAUGACCUGGAAUCGCUGGUCGACAAACCGGGAAAAAAUCGCUGAUCCAUGCUUUUAUUACCUGCUGCCUGCCUUGCGUGUUUGGGAGGACUCCACUCCACCGAAACAAGCUCCACUCCAUCAGCUCCACUUUUAGCAGCUCCACUCCAUCUUUUCUACGAAAAUUUGGAGAUGUGUACGUGUUUGGGAGAUUGUGGUGCUCCAGCUCCAGAAAUACGAGAACUUGGUAGAAAUAGUCUAUUUUGCACAUGGUGGUUGGAUGAAGGGUUGGUUUGUUUUUUUCCGCUGCUACAAUAUGAUACAGUACCCGUGCACUGUACAUUCCGAAAAAACUAGCCCAAUAAUAUUCCAAUGUCAUUGUUCAACCAAAUAAUGUUAAAGAUCGCAA